GGCCAGUCAUUAAGGAAGCGUCUCUUGUGAGCGAGAGCCAAAGAGCAGCCGUCCACCUCUCCAGUUUCAGGGUUUCAAUUUGGGAUACGAUGUGCUUUCAGGCCCCCCAGUCUCAGAUCCAUGGAUUUCAGUCAGGAGCUGAAAGGAUUUAAACAGCUUUCACCAUUUAUUUCUUUUUCUACAGCUUUUUGAUGUAUAUUUAUUGAUCUGUUUAUUUAGUAUUGUUUCUACAAGAGCACUGCCUCUCCUCUCUCUCUCUCUCUCUCACUCCAUGGUAGUUUUCCUGAUCUGUGUAUAACGUUUGUUUUUGAAGAUCUUGAACGAGUUGCACACAUGUUUUUUUUGGGACUUUCUUUUUAAUACUUUUUUACCCCUUUGUUUUUAUACUUUCAAAUCAUGCGUUUUGAAGUCAUGUAGUGGACAGGGGGUGGUUAUUUUAUUUUCAGUAGUUUUUACUUGGAAUGUCCCUGGAGCUUGAAGGAAUGUGUGCUGUACGCAGCUGAAAGUUUUGAUGCAAACGGAAUUCUGUAUCUUGCGAGGAGUUUUAUGAGGCGCUUUGGAGUGGAAAUGGGCCAGGACCAAACCAAGCAGCAGAUUGAGAAGGGGCUCCGUCUCUACCAGUCCAACCAUACCGACAAGGCACUCCACAUCUGGUUCAAGGUGCUGGAAAAGACCUCGGACCCCGGAGGGAAGUUCAGGGUCCUGGGCUGUCUGAUCACUGCCCACUCCGAGAUGGGCAAAUACAAGGAUAUGCUCAAGUACGCGUUGACCCAGAUAGACACGGCCCGUGAGAUGGAGGACCCAGACUACCUGACCGAGGGCUACCUGAACCUGGCACGCAGCAACGAGAAGCUCUGUGACUUCCAGAAGACCAUCUCCUACUGCAAGACCUGUCUGAACAUGCAGGGCACCACCACCAGCCUGCUGCUCAACGGGCAGGUGUGCCUCAGCAUGGGCAACGCCUUCCUGGGAAUGAGUGUCUUCCAAAAAGCGCUGGAGAACUACGAGAAGGGCCUGCGCUACGCACACAACAACGAUGACAAGAUGCUGGAGUGCAGGGUCUGCUGCAGCCUGGGGAACUUCUACACCCAGCUCAAGGACUAUGAAAAGGCGCUGUUCUUCCCUUGUAAAGCUGCAGAGCUCGUGAAUGACUACGGAAAGGGCUGGAGUUUGAAGUAUCGGGCGAUGAGCCAGUAUCACAUGGCAGUGGCUUACAGGAAGCUGGGACGCCUGCCGGACGCGAUGGACUGCUGUGAGGAAUCAAUGAAGAUCGCCCUGCAGCAUGGUGAUCGGCCACUCCAGUCUCUUUGCUUGUUGUGCUUCGCUGACAUACACCGGAGCAGAAACGAUGUGGAGAAAGCAUUCCCUCGCUAUGAGUCUUCCAUGUGUAUAAUGACUGAAACCGGCAAUCGGCUUGGACAGGUGCACGUCUACCUGGGCGUGGCGAAGUGCUGGCUUAUACAGAAGGAGCUGGACAAGGCUCUAGACACUGUUCAGAGGGCACAAGAGUUAGCAGAAGGUUUGGGAAAUAAGCUGUGCAUCCUGAAGGCUCACUGCCUGAACGAGGGCAUCUUCCGCUCCAAGGAGCAGCAGACAUUGCUGCGGGAGCAGGUGGUGAAGUUCCACGAGUGCGUGGAGGAGAUGGAGCUGUACUGCGGGAUGUGCGGGGAGUCCAUUGGGGAGAAGAACCACCAGCUUCAGGCGCUGCCCUGCUCACACGUCUUCCACUUAAAAUGCCUACAGUCCAACGGGACACGGGGCUGCCCAAACUGUCGGCGAUCGUCUGUGAAACCCGGCUAUGUGUGAUGGGGUCGUGCUCCCUGGGCUGCGGACACACGAGACUGAAGGCCCUCUGAUUGGGCAGGACUCGGACGCUGACUCUCGAUUGAACUGGAAGAACGGAGCCGUACAGGUAAACAGGCUCUGUGAUGGCAAAAGAGGGGCGUCUUCUUUCCAAGGCAAACAGAGAAUUCAAUUACAAGAUGGAAGCAGAGCAUAAACAACAACCAGACAGCUGUGACUACACUGGAAUUCAAAAAAAAAAGUUUUAUCGUAUGUUCUAGCAGUUGGGAUCAGUGUUCAAAGGGGGAUAAAGCUUUGGGACAGCAUGUCUAUGUUUUAUUGUGUAUUUGAUUUAAAAGAUGGUUCGACUCGUUUUGCCGGACAGUGUGAUCUACAGGGGUGGGAGAAACAUUGUUUCUCGACUUCACAUUCCCAGAUUCUCACGCCGGAUUGAGUAGCACAGAUUUCAUUUCAGAAUGGACGCCUUUACUGUAACAUGGCUACAGUAAACAUGCAAACACACAUGUUUUACAAAGGAAAACACGGGAUGGGGUUAUUUAUUUUAUUGAUGGUCUCUGUAAACGUGAAAAAAAUGACCCAUAAGAUACAACUACUCCUUUUGAAUCCUCUUAGAUGUGGUUUUGUCUUUUUACAGUCGUUAGGUACAGCAGGACUAAUUAUAAUUAGCAUACUUUGGAUUUGAUGUUACUGAAUGUGUAAAUAUAUAAAGCAGUUCCUUCAGAACAAUUAGAUGUUGAUGAGACUGAUCUGUUGUUUUUGUUGUUCCAUUUUAUAAAACAUCUCUAAAAAAACAUUGAUAAUUGUGUUCAUUUUAAAUAUUGUUGAUAAUGAACUGUAUGGUUUGGGUUAUUUCUGGUACAAGACGACCUCUAUAGUAUGUGGUUUAAAAUAUGAUCAAUAUUCUAUUUUAUUUAGUUUUUCAGUUUUUAUAUUUUCAUAAUGUUUAAACAAAGAAAACCUAUUAUGAAUAAUUUAUCGUCUAAAAUACCUUUCUCACAAUUCAAAACUGAAUUGUGUUGUCUUAGCAUUUAUGUUAAUAGAUUUUCAUUCUCUGCAUGCACCCCUUUAUAUUUGAUAUGGUGUUGUACAAUCUUUGGCAGCUGACUUGCUUUGAACAGGUGGUCUCUUAACCCCUUAAGGUACACAAGGAAUUGAGUGGCUGUUCAAAUGGUUUCUUCUUAAAAUUGAGAGAGACUCAACAAGUAUCAUGAGGAGGAAAGUGACAAUUUGGAUGACCAGAUCCAACUUGUCAGUAAAUUAUUUUAUUUGUGGGACACAUAUGUGCCUUGUACCUUGGUUGAUAGAUAGCGCUUGCUUCCCUUCACAAAAAUGUUCCAGUCAAUUUUGGAAAAAAUAUUAUUACACACAACAGAGAAUAUAUGGAGCACUUUUAUUUAUUUUAAAAAACAAUUAAAACAUAAUAACACCUGUGCCUUCUGCCAGUUGUUGUCAAUUCAAUGCUUGUCUUCUUUCUAUUCCUUAAGGAUAUUAUCUUCAAGUAUUUCUCAUCCUUGUUAGACAGCUUUUUGGGGUCUUCCAGUCCUGGGUUUGUUAAUUACAGAUGAUGUUUCUCUGUACUUGUUGAUUAUGCUUCGGAUACCACACCUUGAAAAUCAAGUGAUGCAAGCUAUUUCACUCAAUGUUUUUCCUUCUUUAUGCGAGUCAAGGCUGUUAUAAUAGUAGAAAACACUAGUGGAGGCUUUGAGUAAAUUGCUGAUGCUCAUAAUGCAUCAGAGUAGAAAAAUGCAACAUGUCUAAGACUUUUGCACAGCAGUAUGUAUAUAUACUGUGGACUGAAGGAGAAGCAUUGGUGGGAGGUUUUAAUCAAUGACAUCAUUUGGACUGUAGGAGGCGCUCAGCUCCUAUUGGCCCACAGAGACAAUGGAGAGCAUGUUGAGUGGCACUUCAAGCUACCAAACGGCAGUGCUUUCUCAUUGGCCAGUACCUUUUCUCCCCCAUCACUGUUUGACUAUACUGUAUAACCACCCUGUUAGGUUCCUAUGCAGUUUUUGUGUCAGACCAAUCAACUUGAAUAAACCCUAACCAUUAAAAAAAGAUAUACAGUACAGCUUAGAUUCUGCUCAUUGGAGUACAAAUGUGUGCUAUGCUUAUGUCAUAUCUAAUGUGAUGAAAAAUAAAUAAAUAAAAAUAAUCAUGUUUAAA